GAAUCUGGUUUGCGCCUUCCCGUCCAUCCCGAGCUUUGUUUGAGGAGUUCACGGUUCCUAUCGGUUGCCCCCCUCCAAAAAGUGGAUCGAACAUGCCGAUUCGCCAUUUUUGAGUGUUCGCCCCCCAAGCCCCGUCACCCCCCGAGUCUCCUCGAUAUCUCGAGAGGAUUAACAAUCAAAAGCGCCACACGGAGUUUCCAAAGGCAACGACGCCUUUCCCUCCAAUUUAAUAGAGAGGAAAUAAACGCAGAAAUGGGAGACCAUCGCUGUGGUGAACACCGACCCGUACAGACGAGCGCUGUUGUAGUUCUCGGGGCCUCGAGAAAGAACACAGCCCCGCCUCCAUCGCCCCCAUCACCACCUGGAGAUAUCGGCGACCCGGUGGCCUCGCUUUGCCUGGAUGCCCUCGACAACGACCUGGCCAAGGAGGAGGCCCUCAAGACCGCUUCGCGGCUUCGAAUGGCAGUCCACGUCCUGGAUACGGAGGCUGCGGCACUACGGUCCGUGACACGCCUGUACGAGACGGACCCGAUCGCGCGGGAUGGCUUUCACCGGACGGUUGAGUCGAUUGCGCGCCAUAAAGACGGGCGGGGGAAGCUGGUGAUGACAGGGGUGGGGAAGUCGGGUCACAUCGCGAAGAAGCUCGCCGCAACCUUCAACAGCUUGUCGCUCCCUACGGUGUUUCUCAACCCCACAGACGCCCUGCACGGCGACAUCGGCAUGGUCGGACCGGACGACACCCUCCUUUUCAUCACGUUCUCGGGAAAGACGCCGGAGCUUCUGGGUCUCCUGCCCCAUCUGAACCGGUCGUCGACGCUCGUCUUGCUGACGGGCCAUUCUCGGCCCCGUACCUGCGACUUCGUCAAGCUCCGUCCGGAUACCAUCCUGCUCCCGGCCCCGGUGCACGAAAAGGAGACGACGUCGUUCGGCGUCGCGGCGCCGACAACGUCGACGACGGUAGCGCUGGCCGUGGGCGACGCGCUGGCCAUCGCCACGGCGCAGGAGCUGCAUUCGAGCGUGGCGAGCGUUUUCACGCAGAACCAUCCGGGAGGCGCUAUCGGGGCGGCGUUUCGCCAGGACCUCGAGGAGACGCUCAGGGACGUGGCCAUCCAGUGGGAGGAGAUCCCGGACGUCCUGGGUCCCGAGAGCCUCGCUGCCGACGUCCUCCGGGAGGGUUUCGAUUCAGCCACGAAGUGGGUCCGGGCCGGGAAUGAGGUCGCCUCGCCCAGCAGGAUCAGGCGGCUGUGCCGGGCGGGAGCGGGCGAAAACUUACAGAAGCGGAUCGGAGAUGUCGAGGGGCUCAUGGUGCCGCGGCAUGAGAUGCUCUCUAUCUGCGCCGGCACGAGCAUUCGGAGAGCGGUGGAGUUUGUGAGGAACGCGAGAGGGGCCGCGGCCGAUGAGGAGGAAAGGAUGAUAUGUGGACCCGAGUCGAUACUGGCAGUCUUAGAUCGAGGGACUAUUGUGGGCGUGCUCGAGGUUGGAGAUCUCUUGGAUCGGCCAGAGGGCUUAUGAGCGGUUGAAGCAAGGGAUAAUUCUUGGGCUCAUUGAUAGAAUGCGUCUCUUUUCACUCCCUUUCUCUUUUUCUUUUUACCUUUCCUUUCCUUUCAUUUCCGUUUUUUUUUUUUUUUUUUUUUUUUU